CUCACACAUAUAACUGAGUUGCCAGCAGCUUUGCAAUAAAUUACCCGUGGGACUGGACAAGUAUCAGACUUCAGCGAAACAUGUUAUGGACAAUAUUCUUACUACUGCUUCUACUAGUUCUCCUUUACUCCACUCGCACAAGGCAGAAAAAUGAGCCACCUCUGGACAAAGGUUUUCUCCCGUGGUUGGGGCACGCUCUUGAAUUUGGAAAAGAUGCCGCGAAGUUUUUGGCCCGGAUGAAAGCCAGACAUGGGGACAUCUUCACAGUUCGUGUUGCUGGUUGUUACGUGACGGUGCUGUUGGACCCAAACUCUUUCAACUCUGUAAUGAAUGACACUGUCUUCUUGGACUUCACCCGCAACAGAAACCAGCUCAUAAAGAGGGUCUUCGGUCUGCAGCUGCCGAGUAUCGAACCUAGAGCAGAGAGGAAAUGGAUGGAAGGGCAUUUUCAAGGUCGCAGUCUCUCCAAGCUCAGCAGCUCCAUGAACACUCAGCUCCAGAGCCUGCUGCUGAGCGACCAGAGUGGCUGUGAGUGGAGACAGGACGGACUCUUCAGCCUUUGUUACAGUCUACUCUUCAGGGCUGGAUAUCUUACAUUGUUUGAGAGGAGAGACAAUGCUUCCGCGGUCUACAAGGAAUUUCGCAAGUUUGACGAUCUUCUCACCAAACUGGCUCGUGGCUCACUCAAGCGAGGGGAAAGCAAAACAGCCAACUCAUCCCGGGAGCGACUGUGUGAGCUGCUGUCCCCAAACUGGCUGAACGGAGGGUCCGAGUCCAACUCCUGGCAGCAGAGCUACCAUCACUUCCUGCAGGAGGAGGGAGUCGAGGAAGAGAUGCAGAACAGAGCUCUACUCUUGCAGCUGUGGACCACACAGUGCAACGCUGGACCUGCUGCCUUUUGGCUCCUUGGCUUCCUGCUCACUCAUCCUGAGGCCAUGGAGGCUGUUAAAUCAGAGAUCAGAGGCCUCCCUCUCCGGGACACUUCCCUACAGCAUUCCCCCAUCAACCUGCUGGAAGCACACAGCACACCUGUGCUUGAUAGUGUUCUGAGCGAGACCCUACGACUCACCGCCGCGGUAAUGAUCAGCAGAGAGGUGGUGCAGGACAAGACCUUGCACAUGUCCAGUGGACAGGAGUACCACCUCAGACGAGGGGACAGAGUGUGUCUGUUCCCUUUCCUCAGCCCCCAAAUGGACCCACAGAUACACCAAGAACCACAGAUUUUCAAGUAUGAUCGCUUCUUAAAUGAUGAUAUAACAGUGAAGGAUAAAUUCUACAAAGAUGGAAAAAGGCUGCAGUACUACACCAUGCCCUGGGGUGCAGGGAGAAACAUCUGCGUUGGGAAAGAGUUUGCCGUUACAACCAUUAAACAAUUUGUGUUCUUGCUCUUGACCCAUCUGGACCUGGAGAUGUGUGACCCCGAGGCCAAACUGCCGCCAGUUAAUCCCAGUCGCUACGGCUUUGGGAUGCUCCAGCCGGACGGAGAUCUUCAGGUCCGAUACAGACUGAAGAGGACACAGCGUGAAAUGUGAUGCCAUAAUUUGAUCAAUUGUAUAGAACUGUAAAAAUGUUGACUGACAAAGCUUUUUAUUAUAUGUACUUUAGCACUAUUUAUACUAUUUUAUAUUUACUCAUUGCAUCUAUAUAUCAUAUUUAACUAGUUUGUUAUUAAUAUUUACAAUAAAAAGGAAAAACAAAGUAAACCUAUCAUUUCUCA